CCGUUAAAGUUAAAUAUGACUUAUAAAGACUUUAUAACCAAACAGACACCAAAUUGUCCUACCCCAAAGUGAGAUGUCAAGACCAUUCCCAUACUCUUUCAAGAAAAGGUCUGAAAGGUGAUUGUUUUCUCAAAUGUAGUCAUGCUGCAGAUGAAUAGGAUUCCUCUGGAAUGUUGAGUAUUUUCUGAAAUGGAAAUCUUUUCUUUUUACUGUUCCAAAUAAAAGACUCAAGUCACUUUAAAAUUGCUUACUGGGCGGGACAGCUACUUUCUUCCUGUUAAGUCGUUAGUGUUAGGACAUUGUCAGUUGACAACAAUGGCAAUGGAUACCAAAGCCACCUUCACUGGCCAAGUGAGGACCGUUGGGAUGACUAAUACUAUUCAAUGGAAGACUGGAUCCAUUUGUUUUGAUGCUGAUCCGGACUGCAAGCAGUGGAUGGCAAAACUGUACCUUGCAGCCAACCCGAAAAGAGUUCUACAUCAAAUGAAUAUCAACUCCAGUGAAAUGAGUGUGAAAUGUAGUCGGCUCAUCAUCGAAAAUAAGAAAGGAAAUGGCAUACAAGUGAAGCUGACAUCAGGAAGAGAUACAGAGGAUGCUAGAGAGUUGAUUCGCAAGAUCAGAGACCGAGUUUCAGAGUCACCAAAGAAUUCUAAAGCAGAAGCAAUGAGGAGACCAAAUGGUUUCAUCUCAAUGCAAAGCUUGAAGGAAUCGGGGAGUGAAAAUGUCAGUCCUUGGAACAAGUCGCACUCUAAUGUCUUCAUCACUUCACCCGGACAAGCUAACUUUGUCCGAUCUCAAAAUUCCUCAUCUGGCUCACUUACCAAGAAGCGACCACCAGACCCACCUAGUCCUCGCCCCCAGCAUUCAUCAUUGAAGUUGAAGAGACGGCUGGAAUUACUUCCCUCCCCGGACUCCAAAAUGUCAGUCAGGGGACGUGGUAACACGUACGCAGACGCGAAUAUGGCUUCACAUUCUGCUCAUCAAUUUACUAGCAUGAAAGACUCAAGUUUGAGGUAUACCAAGAGCAAUCCAGGCCUUCAUAGCUUAAGUGCCAAAAAUUUCUAUGGAUCCAAGACUCCAUCUCCCUUCUUGUUGGACAAAAGCAACAGGGGAUCAAACAUUUCCAGAGAUACUUCCAAUAGGUCUGUGAAAAUCCAGGCUUCCCCACUGACGGCAAAGCCAACUCUGUCCCAGCGAGCGAAGUGGCUGACAGGCGAGAGUCUAAGGUCACAUAGCAUGGCAGUCAACAUGGAGCCCCCACCCAUUGAUGAAAAUGAUAACAUUAAUGAAGGCGAGGAUGGCAGUGCAGCAGCAGAUGAAUGUCCGGUGGAUAUUUGUAGCGGAUCUGAUGAUGGUGUGGUGAGCUUAAAACUUCCAGCAAUGGACGAGAACUGGUCUUAUGGGCAGAGUUCCACUGUUGGCUUUGAGAACCUAGGCAACUCCUGCUUCAUGAAUUCUCCGCUGCAGUGUCUGUCCUCUCUGGAACCUUUCUCGCUGGAUGUCCAGUCAGCGAUGGUCCUAGACGGUCGAUAUUUUCAGCCCGAUUCUGUCACCAGGAUGCUGUAUCUGCUAAUGAAGGAUAUCCGCAGAAGCAACGCGAGCCCGUCCAGGGUGACAGACAUUCUCAUACGACUCAGAAAUGGCAUCAACGGAAAAUUUGAAAUCAACACACAACAGGAUGCCCAUGAGCUGUUGACGGAGUUGCUGAACCGCACCCACGAGGAAGUGAAGGCCGUCAUGAAGAAAAAGGGAGAGCAGCAGGAUGGAGGUGAAGGCACAUCUGGUCAGGCUUCUGGAGGUCAGAGUUCCUUUCCACCAAAGUCCGAGCAGACGUCGUCAUCUUCGACUGCGAGCGGCUCAACUGCCAGUGGCUCGACUUCGAGUGGUUCAUCGACUGAGAGUGCCUCCUCGGCAGCUGCUGUGUCAAAUAGCUGCUCGGCUCAGGAUCAGCCGAGUCCCGUGGACACAAACUUCAAAUGGUUUUACCAAGAGUCGUGGCAGUGUAAAGUCUGUGGCACUCGUACCCCGUACAGAGAGAGCGAUGACACCAUUCUCAUCCUGCCCAUCAGCUCGAAAACGGAUCACAACGUCCAGGAUUGUGUGGAUAAAUACUUCGGCAGCAGUGAGUUGGAGCGCGAGUGUGCCACGUGUGGCAAGACAGAGGCAGCGGUCAGCACUAGGCAGAUUGUCCAACGCCCCAGAAUUUUUAUCUUGAUGCUCCUCCGCUACCAACACUUGGAGAAUCGCCAGUCUCAGAAAAUGAUGGACUCCAUUGGUAUUCCGCGCUACAUCAGCAUUCAGGACUUCUGUGCUGAAGAUGUGAAGCCCCCACCCUACAUACAGCCUGUCUUCAUGCUGGACAGGGAGGCCGAGGAUCUACCCUGUGUCCCCGAUUCUCCACAGUCCGAUGAAAAUGAUGCUGCGGCUCAGUCUAAGAAGUGGAUCAAGAUAUCCGUGGAUCAGACCAUCAACAAAGUAGCGGAGGACAGCGAGGACUGUGCACGGACUAAGUUGUCUCCAUCUGCUGGAGCAAAAGCAAAUCGUGAACUUUCAAAAUAUGAACUAAUUUUAGAGAGCCCAAAUAUCCGCAGCAGUGAAGUAUACAAGCAGUCGCUGACAGACUUGCUCUCUGGCUUAGAGAACAUGGAUCAAAUGUACAAGGCAUCGUUUUUCCCUGACAGAGUGGAGAGGCUGCAGACAAUUCAUGCUUUUACGAAUUAUAUCGCCAAGAGCCUUCUCACGUACUACAACGACGUGUGUUCCAUCAUGACGAGCGAACACAUGGACGCGGUUGACUCACCGGACUGUAGAGUGCCUGACUGGAAAAUUUCCCCUAAGCUCAAGAACUUGGCGGAUGGCCUGGCCAGCUGCUUCUCCCCGGAGAAUGCCAGGUCCAUGUGCCUCAUGAUCAUGGUCGACCUCAUUAAAUUCGACAUUCCUAAAACAAACUUGAUGGGCAACAUCGUCCUAAAAGCUCUGGUGGAGGACAUCCAUACAACGCGCUACUCUCACAGGUCGCGUCGGGACACCUGGCUGGUCAAGAUGGUCAUCGAACUGUCGCUUGUCCUGGCCAUCUCCAAAACUUUUGACCAGUGGAGGAACAUAGAGAGAUUUCUGUUAGAGAGGAAUGCGACAGAUCACUCGUACUCGGCAGAGACCACUGACGAGGUGCCUGACAUUGCCCACGUCUCACCGUGUGACCUCAAGGUCGAUGACGAUGAUGACGCUGAUGCUGGUGUGCAGGAGGUGCUCAACUCCCAGUUCCUGGGAGAGUUCAAAGUCAAGAAGGAUAUGGAGACUAUUGCACUUUCCGAUUACUUGCAGGGUUUAAAGAGAAAGCCAAGCAUGGAGGGGCCGGACGGUACCAGCACUCCUGAGGAAGAGGCUGGCAACUAUGACUGUAUGGACCCCCUCUACCUGGGCAAGAGCAUGGAUAGCUAUACGGAAACUGAGCUACGUAGCAUUGAUGUAGAAAGUUUGCUAGAGGAGGCCCAAAUGGCAUAUGCCAUUGCUGUGAGCAAGUUUGAAACUCACAUGCAGUCUGAAGAUCCUUGGUUGUCGACUUAUACGGGGAUAGCAGAGGGCGAGUCUACUGCAGUGGACUCGAGCUUAGAAAACAACAAAGGGGACGAGGAGGUGGAUAUGGAAGUUUGUGAGAGUUAUGGUUUUGAGAAGAUAGUGGUUCCCGGUGCCGAGGGGAACGGGGAACAAAAGUCUGUGGAAGACAUCCUAGAAAGCAUGGAGUGCUUGUCUGAACUGAGUGUUGACAGCCAUUCUCGGGGCAGUGAGGUGGAGAAGGAGUUCAUUGACUCAACUCCCAGCCCGCAGAGUUCCACAUGUUCAGUCGACAUGUCCAGUAAGAAAGUGAAAUAUAUUCGCUCCAAGGACCAGGUUUCUGAGAAGACAGAAGUGACUUUGGAGAGUGAAAGCUCCGAAUCCCAGAGAAGUGGGGAGUCUGUGGAGAUAGGUUCACUCACUGAUGGGGGGAGUGGAAGUUGUUCUCAGAAACCCGAGGCCCCUUCUCACAAAAAUUCUUCCACAUGUGGUGAUUAUGAGUCUGAACAAAUAAAUUCUAUCUCUCAGAAGCUGAAAUGCAAAGACUGUGGCGUUUCCAUGAGGGGGUAUACGAAGUGUUUCCAUUGUGGGGGUGCACUUUCGGAAUCUGUUUCAGCUCCAAGUAGAAGUUCAGAAGCUGUAGACUCCUAUGUGAGACCCAAUGUAAUGCCAUCCAUCAUCGGCUCGGUGUUGAAAGAUCAGGCAAACAUUGUCAUCGGUGGGGAGAAGAUAACUCUGAACAUUUCGCAGACGGCUCAAGACUUGGGGUCAAAGAGUGUCCGAGUGAGGAGGAAGUUGCCGGAACUGCCUGAUGAUGCUGACAGUGGAGAAACUUCUGCCCACCACCCAGACAAAAGUCUGUCGUUGUCACUGGCACAGGGAGAGGAGCUCACUCCACCCAAGCCAGACAAAAAAUUGUCUCCGUCUGUGUUAAAAGAGAAACGUUCUCCUGGAACAGCAACUGGGAAUUCUCCCAAUCAGUCCAAUGAGAAAGUAUGUGUUAGUUUGUCAAAUGGGAGGACUUUUGUUUGCAGUGUUGAUAAAGUCUCUCCCGAUGAUGAAAGCAAACGCUUGUUGCGUACUAAAAAUUCUUCCUCGCUUUCCGGGGAUUCUGCAAUUGAGAAAUGUUCACCUGGCUCGUUGGAUCCUAAAUUGUCUCCAGGAGGAUCAGCCUUUGAUGGAGCGCAUGUUGUACCCAACAAGGAAUUAUCUCCCAUAUGCCGACCUUCUAAAGAUUCUGAAAACGAUGUAUCUCUCAUAAUUCCAUCUCUCCAAGAUUCAAAAGUAGAUUCUGCGCGGGACAGGGAGCGAAGAGGUUCUCAGGAGAGGCUGGAGCUGCCUGAUCUUGUACUGAGCAGUGGUGCCAACAGCCCUGCAGGAAAAAAAGAUCAGCACUCUGCCUCCCUCCUGAAAACAAGUAAUUUUGUGAAGACGAAAGAUUAUUCCAGAUUGCGGAGCCCAAAUAAAUCGCCCAGGAAAAAGGCCAAGGGUCACCCGACACCUCAUUCUGCAAAAAAAAUGUUACCCGAGCUAUUCAGGACUAGUCCCCGAAGCACCCCACUGACGUCGGAGGCCAGCGACAAUGAUUUGGACAGUGCCCCAAGGGGCACACCCAGCACCAGUGAGAGCAUCAGCGGCUUGUCUGUGGAGGUCAACGUUGACGAUAUGUCGUUUAUGGGCCGGCGCCAGGACGACACAUUCUCUCCCCAUCCUGCUGCUGCCACCAGCGGUUCCAACCCCUCCCCUCCUGUCUCCAGUAACUCCCCUUCGCCUCCGAUUUCAUCAUCGCUUCCCUUCCCCGGUGGUGCCGGGGCAGCGGGUUCGUCCGAGGAAAUGCUCCUCACGUCGACCCCGCAGCCGGGCUCAACCUCCAGUCUGCUCCCUCCAUCCGGGGAUCCCUCUAAGGUGUACAGCGUGCUGACUGUGGAAACGACGCAUGAGAAUGUCAUGCCAGAGAAGCAGGGGUUCCAACCCGCGUCGAGUCACAAGUCCAAGGCCACGCGCUCUCUCGCUGGAGCAUUUGGGUCACCAGAAGAGAAGGAGAACAAGAGCUCUCAGGAGUCCAUUGCCAGGACAAAGAGGCAGGAGUUCAUCGAGAGUGGCAAGGCUCCAUGCUCCUACAGGCUGACAGGUGUGGUGAACCACCUGGGGGACUCUCCUAAUCUAGGCCACUACAUCAGCUACUGCUACAACCUCCACAAAGGCCGAUGGUUUCAUCUGGACGACAAGCACACGUCGGAGAUGGAUGAGAGGGAGGCUCGUACCAGGAGCCUAAACACGGGCUAUGUCUUCUUCUACAUGGACAAAGAGCUGUUUGACCAGUAUGAGAGUAAAGCACCCUUAGAUCCAACUGCAAGACACCCACCCAGGAAGUUGUUCGAGGCACCAGAGGAAAGGGAACCAUCGAAGUCGACAGUCAGAAAGAGUCGUGGGUAAUUGGAUUGUGCUCCUGUUCCAUGGGCUACUGCAAGAAUCUGAACCAGAAGUGCUUCAAGCAGCAAACACCACCACCCUUUUGUCAGGGUUCCUGCGGUCUCUUUGAAUUCAAGGAGUCCUUGAAAACUUCUUGAAUUUGCAUUCAAGGAAAAAUCUCCUUGAAAAUUCCUUGAAUUUCAGAAAACUCCUUGAAUUUCUCUGGAUCGGACAUAAACAAAAUUAUGUCGGAUUGCUCUUGGCGUGCCGCCGAAAACGCCAUGAAUUUCUUGACCAAAUCUCCUUGGGUUUUUUAAAAAUUUGUCCAUGAAACCUCCCUGAAAUUUCCUUGAAUUUAGGGGGGUUCAUAGCCUGAACCCUGUUUUGUGUACAAAAGAACUCGCAUUUUUCCAAAGAAUACAUGUUGCAAGUUGCGAAUGAGAACUGAACAUGUUCCUUGGUACUAGUCCUCUUUAUAGGUAUUAGAUGAUACGACACACUGCCGUGAUGAAUGCAUUUUAAGAAAUAGAAAUUUUACCCGUCGAGUCUUAAAAGAUUGUUUGUGUACCUUUUUUUUUGUAGAUCAUUAAUGUUUUACGUUUUCUUUAGGCAAGCUAUUUUUAUGUUAAAUGUACAGGCUCAACUUUGGGUUCAAAGUUUUUCAGAAGAAAAAGAACUGUUUGUUAUGUAGCAUGGACAAAAUGUUAAUGUCAAUGCAUUUUUCUUUUGAUGUUGAUGUACUUGUAUAUUACUGUCAUGGUCCUCUAUGUUCCACUUAUUCUUUGCUAUUGUUUCUCAGUGAUUGAGUUUGGAAGAUUGGCACAAGUAGGAAUUCAAUUCCAGAUUGUACAUUGUUUGUUGGGAAAAUGUUCUUUGAGGGCUGAUGCGUAUAGUAAAAAGGAGUACUGUUAUAGUUAAAUUUUUGUAAAUCGCCUUUCACUUUCAAAGUACGGAAGAAAAGAUAUAAAAGUUCUAAUUGCUUCUUUUGUCUAGGUGUUUUUAUGUUUUACAUUCCCUUUGUUCCAAAGUUAUGUAAACAUAAAAGAUGAAGGAUUGUCAUUCUGUACCAGUUUCAUGUGGCAUAAAAAGCAUCUUAGAAUUUCUUCAUUUGUACUUGAAGAAGAAUAGUUUUAUGAUCUCUCUUGCAAGUUUUGAAGACAUGAAUAUAUUAAUGGAUCAACACAAUGGUCUGUUUUGAUUCUGAUGUGUGAGCUCUCUGUAAUUCACGAGGUUCCACUUCACCUGCUCAAAGUCAAGGAUUCUACCCCUUGUAUUUUGUUGCCAUUUGAAUUGUCACCUCUGAUCAUUAAUUUUUCUUUUUUCUUAUUUGGAAAUGCAAAGAAACUGUUGCUGUUUGUUUAUGCUUGUAGUAGUAGAUCUAGUUAUAUUUUGUGUGCUUUUGAUCAAAGAUUUGUUUUUCUUGGGCUUCCCUUGUGAUAAAUUCAAAGUGGAAAGGUAUGUAAUAUAUAUACAGUAUAUGAAUUUCAUGACAUGGUUUUUUAACUUUUUUUUUGUUGUUAAAAAA